AUGGCCCUAAGUAAGAAUCGCUUGUACAAGCCCCGCGAGACACUUAAGGCUUUGCAAUUGUCUCGAAAAGCAUAUCUGGAGAUGGACGAGGCUGCCGUUGCACGCUUUGCUAAUCUGGCAAAAUACGGUGACAACAACGAGAAAGAAGCACGGGGCCUGCAAAUACUCUCGCGUGCGAUCCAGAAGGACGGUCGUCUCGAGUUCCACAAAUCUUUCGAGAAAGCUCGUGCCGACUGCUGCGUUUACAUGCCUGGUGCACUUGCCCUUGGCAUACAACUCAAGACCACUGGUGUAACCGGGGUGGACGGCCGCAAUGGGACAAACUUUUACAGCUUCAAACAUACGAACGGCUACACGGGCUUGUUGCUAGUCUUCAUAGCAGUUCACGUCCAGCCCCCUCGCAUAUGGCUGGCAGAAGGAUCCAAACUGGUCAGCCAAUGCGUUCAGAUUCCGGUAACAAGAGUCCGAUAUAGCAUAAAUCCUGAUCGACUUCAGGAAGUGGACUUUGCUAACCUGGCCAGUGCAAUCCACAAGAUAUAUGAGGAGGCCUUGACAGGCUCGAGCAAUUACGUAUUACGUAGCCCGACGGAGCACGAGAAGCCCACGGCUCCAACUGCCUUGGCGGAGUACGAGGCUUUCAAAAGGCUCCAGCGCUCAUUGUCAGUUACGUUCGUGGACCCUCCAGCCGAGCACAUGAGCUAUGACUACCUUGUAGAGGGCAAGAGAUGGCAAUUGAAGUUGGCCCGAUACGACGUCAAAAAGGACCAGUACAAAGUGGGCGCUAGGGUCAAACUGGUAGUGAAAUUCGGUUGCAUAGCUCUUGUCAUGAAACAGCAUCGCCAUCGGUGGUUCCAAUGGCCGCUCGAUGGGAAGCGGCGCUCUCAGAAUGUUCCUGUUAUGGCGUAA